GUCCAUUGACUCCUACUACACUAGUUUUAGUUUUAUCUUAUCACUCGCCAUUUCUCAACCUUAUACUUGCUCUACCCACACCAACCACUACUGUUCAUCACACCAAGAGAAGGAACACUCUACCUGCUUCUCCCCCCCUCCCCCAAGAAUAUGGCCUGCUCAGCUACCUCCACCACUCUCAUCUCCUCUAUCGCCGCCGCCGCCACCGCCACCACCACCAAAUCCAUGGCCUUUCCUAUCUCUAAAAACAUAACUCUCCCCAACUCAUUUUUUGGCACUCGCAAAUCCUUCCAAUCUCGCGUCCCUCGUUCCAUUUCCUUGACUCGUGGCUCUCAUUCUAGAAGCACCUUCGUUGUCAAAGCCUCUAGCGAACUUCCAUUGGUCGGAAACAUAGCACCGGAUUUCGAGGCGGAGGCUGUCUUCGAUCAAGAGUUCAUUAAUGUUAAACUGUCUGAUUAUAUUGGGAAGAAAUAUGUGAUUCUAUUUUUCUAUCCAUUGGACUUCACAUUUGUUUGUCCCACAGAAAUCACUGCUUUUAGUGACCGUCAUGAGGAAUUUGAGCAGAUAAACACAGAAGUGUUGGGUGUUUCAAUCGACAGUGUGUUCUCGCACCUUGCCUGGGUCCAAACAGAUAGAAAGUCUGGUGGGCUUGGAGAUUUGAAGUAUCCUUUGAUUUCUGAUGUCACCAAAUCCAUUUCAAAAUCUUAUGGAGUGCUAAUUCCUGAUCAGGGAGUUGCUCUGAGAGGACUUUUCAUCAUUGAUAAAGAAGGAGUCAUCCAACAUUCCACCAUUAACAACCUUGCCAUUGGGCGUAGUGUUGACGAGACGAAGAGGACACUCCAGGCCUUGCAGUAUGUGCAAGAAAAUCCAGAUGAAGUUUGCCCAGCUGGGUGGAAGCCUGGUGAGAAGUCCAUGAAGCCUGAUCCAAAGCUGAGCAAGGAUUACUUUGCUGCCAUAUAGAGGGGCCAGCAUUGCAUUGCAUUGCGAAUCUCAUAUCACUGCGAAUUAGGGAGGUGUGAACAAGUUUUAUUUAUCAUGUAAUGUCUCUUUAGACAUGCGAUUUUUGAGCAGCAAUUUCUGGAAUAAGUGCUCUAGACAGGAAGCUCUCUCUUUUUUUUUCUUGUAAUGGAAUGAUGUUGCAAAAACAAUGUCUUCAUGUCA